UGAAAGAAGUUUGCUGGCGAAGAUGGCGACUGAGGCGCAGGGUGAAGGGGAGGUGCCAGCCCGCGACUCCGGCAGGAGUGAUGCCAUCUGCAGUUUUGUUAUCUGCAAUGAUUCUUCCCUUCGAGGUCAGCCCAUUAUCUUCAAUCCUGACUUUUUUGUGGAGAAACUCCGACAUGAGAAACCUGAUGUGUUCACCGAAUUGGUGGUCAGCAAUAUCACAAGGCUUAUUGAUUUACCUGGAACUGAGUUGGCUCAGCUGAUGGGGGAAGUGGACCUUAAGUUGCCUGGUGGGACUGGCCCAGCAUCAGGAUUCUUCCGAUCUCUAAUGUCUCUCAAACGAAAGGAAAAAGAAGUGGUUUUUGGAUCCCCACUGACAGAGGAAGGCAUUGCCCAGAUAUACCAACUGAUCGAGUAUCUGCACAAGAACUUGCGAGUAGAGGGUUUGUUUAGAGUACCAGGGAAUAGUGUCCGACAGCAGAUUUUAAGGGAUGCUCUCAACAAUGGAGCUGACAUUGACUUGGAAUCAGGGGAGUUUCACUCAAAUGAUGUUGCCACUUUGCUGAAGAUGUUUCUAGGAGAGUUGCCGGAGCCUCUGCUGACACACAAACAUUUCAAUGCACACCUCAAAAUUGCUGAUUUGACGCGGUUUGAUGAUAAAGGAAACAAGACCAAUAUACCAGAUAAGGAGCGGCAAAUCGAGGCUCUCCAGUUGCUCUUCCUCAUUCUCCCUCCUCCUAAUCGUAACUUGCUGAAGUUAUUGCUUGACCUCUUGUACCAGACAGCAAAGAAACAAGAUAAGAAUAAGAUGUCUGCCUAUAACCUUGCCCUUAUGUUUGCACCCCAUGUCCUGUGGCCAAAAAAUGUCACUGCAAAUGACCUUCAGGAGAAUAUCACAAAAUUAAACAAUGGGAUGGCUUUUAUGAUUAAACACUCCCAGAAACUUUUUAAGGCUCCUGCUUAUAUUCGGGAAUGUGCCAGAUUGCACUAUUUGGGAUCCAGAGCUCAAGCAUCAAAGGAUGACCUUGAUCUGACAGUUUCAUGUCACACUAAGUCCUUCCAGCUGGCAAAAUCUCAGACACAGAGCCAGGUAGAUUCCUGCUGUCAUCAGGAGGAGACCCAGCAGCGUACGGAAGAGGCACUGAGAGAGCUGUUCCAACAUGUUCACAAUAUGCCAGAGUCGGCAAAGAAGAAACAACUUAUCAGACAGUUUAAUAAGCAGUCUUUGACCCAAACACCAGGGCGAGAACCUUCCACUCCCCGAGUACAGAAGAGGGCCCGUUCACGCUCCUUCAGUGGACUUAUCAAGCGGAAGGUCCUGGGAAAUCAAAUGAUGUCAGAAAAGAAAAACAAGUACCCUACCCCAGAAUCUGUGGCCAUCGGUGAAUUGAAGAGAGCCAGCAAAGAAAAUAUGAGCUUAUUAUUUUCUGGCUCUCCAGCUGUCACGAUUACACCAAGAAGAUUGAAAUGGUCUGAGGGGAAGAAAGAGGGGAAAAAAGGAUUUCUCUGAAGGAUCCAGAGUUCUCCUGUCUGUCUUCCACCCAGAAUUUUAUUUUUAGGUGUUAUUACUACUUACAGCAAAGUUUGGACUUGCAGUUUGCUUGCUGCAUUUUCAAUUGUGAAAGCUAACUAAUACCGUGACCUGACUGAUACCUCUAAUCCCACUCACUGGAUGAUAUAUUUGCAAGCUGUGCCUUCUGAGAGAGUGCAAGGCACGCGCUCUCUCUCUUAUUUAAUAAUACUAUGGGGAAACCACUAACCAGCCAACCAGCUUCUACAGCAUAGUAAACGGGCAGAACCAGGUGGGCUCCACUGCUCAUUCAGUGUGUUUAGGCAGAUUCCAUUUUUUUAAAAACAUGAAAUUUGUGCUCAACUGCCUGUUUUUUUUUUUUUUUUUAAGUACUUUCAGUCAUAGUGGUUGAUGUUAUUUUUCAUGGAUAAUUUGGUCUUUUAUCUGUUUUGAUAGUGUUGGGGGGUAUUUGGUUGUUGUUUUUGUUUGUUUUUUUAUUUCUUUGUUUUAAAAGACUCUAAGCUAGAUGCCUUUCACUCUUUUUCACCUUGAGCUUUGGGAAAGCUCUUUAUCUCAUGAAGCUGUAUUCCUCAAUAUCUUAUUUGUGUCCAGAGAAUUUAUACCUUUCCUGGAAAUUUUUCAUUAUUUCUUGGGUCUGAGAUUGAAGGGUAUUUGACCUGAGGUAUUGAAAAAGAAUUCAGAACAAUAUAAUAUUUUAGCAAAUUUCAAUUAUUAACUGUUUUCCCUCCCUCCUUCCAUUCCUCCCUCUCUUGUCCAUCCCUCCCUUUCUUCCCCCUUUCUCAGUGAUGCAAAAAUAAUUGUGUGGUUGCUGAACUUGUUUCCUUCAUUCAAUUUCCUCUUGACUAAAACAUCUCUGGUGCCAAUGUAAUACUUCUGUGCCAAAUCUCUGUGACUCAAGAAAAGUCACUGACAGCUUAACAGAGGUUUGCUGAAUUAUUUGUAUGUAGUGGGAAGCUCUGGAGUGUGCAUAGGAGGGAGCUGGCUGCCUUUAUGUACCAGGAUGCUUCUUUAUGGGUGGUGUUAUAUUGUACCUUCCAAGGGAUCAGUAUUCAGGCUAUACUGUCUCCUGAGAGCAAGUUGGAAUCAGACAGAGGAAAGGAAGUGAGCAGCGAUCUUUGCAGGGCUGACUGGACUUAAAGGAGAGAAUGUUCUUAUUUGGAAGCAGUUGUGGCUUAUCACCAAUGUUCAGGGAGUAGUUGCUGCACCACCCCUCUCCUUGUCAGAGUAGGCAAAGGUGGUAAUUUGGAGAUGGAGAUGGGGCUGGAGCUUUUAGCUUGUGGGUGGGGUGUGUUCACAUAUGUUGGAGAUGAGCAAUGGCAUGGCUUUGAUCUAGUACGAAGUAGUCCCUGCCCAGAGAGCAGCAUGUGGCAGGUGAGAAUGUUCAGGAUUGUGCCUGGCUCUAUUAAGCUAUAUAACCAUCCUCACUCUGUGGGUUGGAGCUGAGUCUCAGGCCACUAUGGGGAAGCAGUUGCCCAGCAAAAUAUGGUUUGCUGACCUAUUUUAAACUAUUGAAAAUGCUGCAUUAUUGCUGAAAUGAAAGAUGACUCUGGGGCAGCAGAGUUUGGCCUUGUUUCUGGCUGUUAGCCCUCUCUUCCAUGCUUUCUGUUUCUUUUGUUGCUAUAACAGCAAUAGUGAAGAACAAUGUAAAAUUUGGCCUUCCAAUGUGAUAGACUGUGAACAAUAGAUGGUUAGAAGUAUAAAACUGCUUAAAAGCCCCUUUCUAUAGAGUGGUUUUAUGUCAUUCUUAAAGAAAUACUCAUUAGCAAAGUCAUUUGUGUAGAUUUCUAUUUGACUUUUUUUCUUAUUAAGAAAAAAUAAAAUUCCAUGUACCAGAUAUCAGUAAUUCAAUCAGAAAUUCCCUUUGGUAUCAUCAAAUUGAAGUAGUAUUCUCCCUUAACGCAAUACGUCCUUUCUUUAUUUGUUUAAUGUGUGUGCUGGAGUGGUGGUGUGGUCUGUUAAACAUGGGCUGCAUCAGGUAGAACAGAACAGUGACCUGAUGCCUCCUUGUCGUUGACUUAGUUUUGUGGUUCUAUUUGAGGGAGGUAGCUGAGAGUUAGGAGAUGCUUUUUGGGUGAAUGGACCCAGUAAACGAGGGUUGUGUUCUGGGGCGAGGGUGGUGAGAAAAAUGUUUAUCACAUGCACAUGCUUUUAUAUAGCUGGUCCUCUUUGGGCAGUUGAUGUAUGUAUUUGGGUAUAUGUGUUUUGUUUAUUUAUUGAAUAUGAUUUCCCUUGCUUUAAGGGUUUUAUAGGUCAUUUUUCUUUUAGAAGCUAUGAUCCAGUUGGAAUCCAAACUUGAGGAGUAAGCAGCAUAACCUUCUACCUUGUAAUAUGUAACUAUUUUAAUCCUGUGUAAUCUUAUGGAAAACUCAGACAAAAACCCUUUAUCAUUUGCCACAGUGAAAUGCUGUCACCCUUCCGACUUGGUGGGCAGGUAUUGUUUUUGAGCCAGUAUUUAACAUGUUUUUUUAAUCUAUACAAUUUUUAAAAAUAUGUUUUGUUAUGUUUAUUUUUCAUGUUGGAACAAUCUCUUUGGAACUGCCUCUUCUUGUGGCUUUUAAAAUUUCAUUUCUUCGUGGGGGUUAAUUGCAAUUGGUUUUGAUGUAGUAGCAGUACGGGGCAUUGCAUUUGUGCCAGUGGGAUUCAAGAUGAAAACAAAGACCAGCUCCUUGAUUCAGACCUGCACUUGCUGAGCUACACUGGUUGAAUUAGUGACAACCAUAGGCACUGGAGUUUCUCACCUUUUACAGUGGUGAACUUUUGCCCUAGGACCAAUGAAUCUGAUUUGAAAAACCCCACUGUAGCAGUGAAAGAGGAUCAGGAGAUACUGAUUAUACCUGAGUUUCAAAAUACAUUAAAAGAACAGGUAAUGAAUUGUAACUGAAAAACCGCAGUUGAUCCUCCACAAAGGAAAGCUCUUUACUCUGAAUGUCCUUCAGAGUCAGUCAGGAAUGACGAAGAAACACUCUUGGGAAAUGAGGUAGUGCAGAAUUAUUGACUGGUGACCACUGGGUGCUCCAGAGGUGGUGGUUUUGUUGACCUGUAAGGAAACCAGUGGAUCCCAGAGUGUCAGAGCAGAGCCAUUCUCCUCCGAAAUAGCAAUGUUUCUGUUCAACUUCCCUCACAGGACCCUAUGUUAGCAUACAAUUUAAAAUACUGCCUUCUAAGAGAACCUGUGGUCAUUGGGACUGUGCCCCACAGUGACUGGCUAUGUGACCAUGCAUAACUGGGAUGCCAUCUUUGGGAAUGGAUGUUUCUAGACUUUCUGCUUCCUUACCUCCUGCAGGGCCUUGCACGGAUGCUUAAAGUUAAUGGCUCCCAUUCUGAGGUCAUUUCUAUGGGGAACUCCUUUCCCCAGGAGAGAGCAUCAUCCCUGCCCUCCUCCACCCCAAAGACUUUGUAUUGAAGAUACGACCUAGAUCUAAAUCUGGAUGCCAGCAUUUGGCAGGAUUGCCCUAGAAUUUUGGGACGAUUUGGGUUCCUAAGAUGCAUAAGCUUUAUAACCCAGUGGUGAUUAAUUCAAUCUAAAACGCACUGUAGAAUGUUAGCUUUCCUAGACAGCCAAUGCUGAGAUCUUCCCACCAGUGUAGAGUUGAUGGAGGUAGGCUAGUGAGGAGGUAGAGUACAUAAUAGCCAAUCUCCAUGGAAGCUGGAGUGUGUGAGGCCACAGCCUGUGCUAAACAACCGUUGAACACUCCCCCAGAGAUGUUUGGGGACCAGCAGAACCUGCCAGGAAAAACAUUCCCUUACCCCAGGGUUCUUGCUUCAUAGCAAGUGUUGCCUUUGUACUAUCCCUGAACUCACUCAACAAGAGAAACAGGGUUUCUUAACUAUUUCACCAUUUAAAAUUUUUCAUUCUUAUUUGACUAUAUAUAUGUAAUUGUAAAGAAACAAUCAUAUGUCUUGUCUUUCUUUUAUGUUCAUGUAAUAUUCUGAAAUUAAAUUUCUUUUGUUUCAUA